CUGUGUAGUCAGGUAUUUGUAUUUUAAUUUAAUACUUCCCUGGUACGUAUUUUUUUUCUCGAAAUUUGAUAUAUUUGCGCAUGUGAUUUCAUGCUUGAAAAGGACUGCACAAUACUAUCUACUGAAAUAGUAUAUAUAUUAUAUUUUUGACAAAGAGAUUAGUUUCAAGUUACAGAAGUUGGAAAUACAUUCGUUAAAACCGACCAAUACAGCGGAGAUAUAGAUCACAAAGCUGCGAACAAUGAGAAAAUAAAAAUGGCCGAGGAUACUGCAAAAGACAAGACGAAAAUUCAGCUAUUUAAUCUAUUGGGAUCUGUACCAACGACAGAAAGUGUGGCUUCGGAAGCUAGUGAUCUUCAUAAAGCUGCUGUUACCGGCGACAAGGAAUUGUUAAAACAGAAUCUUUCUUCCAAACAAUGCGAUGUUAACUUUCGGGAUGAAUGGGAUCAAACAGCCAUAUAUAUAGCAGCAGAGAAGAGCCAUAGUGAAAUAGUUUCUGUCCUUAUUUCGCAUGGAGCUAAAAUAAACGCAGACGGUGAAGAUUCUUUCAAAGAUACCAAUCCGAUGCAUUGCGUUUGUGAUGUACCUACUGCCGAAAUUCUUCUUAAAGCUGGCGGAGAUGUUAAUGCAAGAGACUCGAAAGGCAAUUCGCCAUUACACAGAGCAGUUAUGAGGGAAGACAUAUUGAUCAUAUCGCUGUUAUUAGAACAUGGUGCAGAUGUUACUAUAAAGAAUAACGAAGGAUGGUUUGCUUUGCAUACCUGCUGCAACUCAUCGGGUAGCGAUACCAUGGUAACAGCUAUGAAAUCUUUAAUUUCGCACGGAAGUGAUGUUAAUUCUACAGAUCAUUUUGGAAUGACACAGCUUCACCACCUAGCUAAAUGGUUGGCGUCAAAAUUAGCAGUUAAAACUCUUGUAUCAGAAGGGGCGGACUUAUGUAUUAGGGACUAUUGUGGAAAUUGCCCCGUUCAUUACUUUCGUUCAUAUUUUAAAGACGAAGAAAAAAGUUUUAUAGAGACGUUGAAAGAGUUUUUUCCGUCACACAAAACGACAAAUGUGGCUGACAUGAAGGGGCAGACCCCACUUCACUUAAAUACAGACACAUCUGCUAAUGUUGUGGCAAACUUAAUCAAGUGGGGCUGUAAGGUAACGGCACGAGAUAAUCAGGGGAAAACUGCUCUACAUGUUGCAGCAGGACUGAAGAACAGCAGUUUAGAAAUCGUAGACAAUCUGUUCAAAAAUGGUGGAAACGCAAAUGAGCAUGACGACUGGGGGAGAAUGCCGUUACACGAGGCAGUGAAAGCAGGCAAUGAUGGAGUUGUCAGGUUAUUAAUCUCAUAUAAUGCUGAUGUAAAUGCACGAGAUACUCAUGGUUGCUGUCCUCUUCACGAAUCUGCUCUAAAAGAUGAUGUUCAAAUUGUAGAGAUGCUUAUACAGAGCGGCGCUAGUGUAAAUAAUGUGGAUAAAACCCUUUCUUCUCCUCUUCACUUUGCUGCAUGGGGGAAUUGUGAAAAUUCGGCGAAACUUUUGCUGAAGCAUGGCGCCAAUCCAGAGUUGACAGAUAAACUCGACGAGACACCUUUGGAAGUCGCAAAAUUUAGGAGAGCUGAGAUCGUUGCUCGCGUCCUUUCUGAUAACACAGGGAAAAGCAAUACAUACACCGUAGAUGAGCUUAUUGAAAACCUUUGUGAAUUAUCUAAUUGCGGUGGCAAAUUCCUUACCUCCGACACCGUUUUACGAAUGAUUGAAAAUAAAGAGAUAAAGAGAAAAGGACAGCUUGAUCUCCAGUCUUACCUUAAAAAUAUCCUAAAAUCUCCUGAAAUUGGUCGAGGAUUUGAUGACGACGAAGCGGAAGAAAUUCAACUAGAAAUGGAAGAGUUAAUGCAGACUUUGGCAGAAAUGAUCGGAAAGGAAGACUGGAGAUUUCGUUGUAAACUUCUUCAUGCAGGAAGCACAUCGGAAGGCACCAAAACGCGAUGUCCAGAUGAGUUUGAUUACAUAUUUGCUUUGGAAGAGUUUAGUAAAUAUUGUUGGCCUGUCUUUUCAGAGCUGGACAGUAAACUCCAGUCCGAACUUUGUAUACCAGCAUAUUACCCAAGCAGAACAGGGAGAACAGAUGCCAGACCCGAUUGCGUUGAACGACAAAUGUCUGUGUCCUUGUCAGAUUAUGCGGCCAUGACAAUAAACAGUACACCAGAAGCAGAAGACUUUGUCAGGUUUGCUGGAGCAACAACAAUGCCAGUUUACAAAAUGUAUGAUGGAUUUUCGCAACUUCUCAAAAAAAUCGUCUUUAGCAAGGAUUUUCCAAAACAUCCGGAGCUGAGGAUCAUGGAGACGACCAUUAAUCCAGCAAUGAAGCUCUGCUGGAGAGGAUGUAGGUACAAGGAUUUGGAAAUAAGUGUUGACGUAGUACCAGCUAUAACCCUGUUAAAGUGGCCGGAACAAUUUAAUAUAGAAAAAAUGAUUUUAACACAAGAUAUUCUGCGUUUACCUAGCCUUGUUGUGCCAAAAAAUGACUGCAGGACAAGAUGAUCUGUGGAGAUGCUCCCUCGCUCCUGAGGAAACGGCUAUAUUCAGAGGUUACAAUGAAGGUACGGUUGCAUACAGAAUGGAACAUGACAGUCUGUCUUCAGAAGAAGACAUUGAAGUUUACGAGUAUCCAGAGUCCAUAGUGCCAUCUUACAUGCUGAAAAUGAUGUUCUUUGCUGCCAUUGAAUCAAAAGCUAGAACGUCAGGGUUAGAUAGUGUGUAUAUUGACCUUACUAAAACGUCAAGCAUACCCGACAUUGAAAAGGGAGAAGACAGCAAAGAAACUGUUUAUGGACCAGCUGAAAAGAUGUAUGUAGCAGAAAAAUGCUAUGACUUGGACGUACCCCUUGUACUUGAUGUUUUUAGGCGAUGCGAGGAAUGCAUUGAAAAUGAAUUUAUACCGUCAUUUUUCAAUCCUAAGCAUAAUGUUUUAGGUGCAAGUGUAAUGGAGCGCGGUUUAGAAAAAGUUGCAUUAUUUGUUAAAUUUAUUCGGGGAUUGUUAGAACAGCGAUCCUGAACAAACUGUAAACUGUUCCUGUAGUUGUAAUGGCACAAAUUACUUUAACACCUAUGAAAAAUUAGCUCAGAAUCUGUGUAAUGUUAAUAAUGGAGUGGAUCUUGCUUGUUGGUAGCACGCCACAAACACUGCUAUAAAAAUACUUUGUAAAGGUAUAUCUCUGUAAAAAUCUGUCUACUAGUCUUCCUCGCUAUUCGAGUUUCCAAAUCCAUAUAUAUUUUAUGUAUAUAUCUUUCAAAUUAUUCAAAUAUCAAAUGCUUACAUAUUCAGAAAUAAUGCAUUAAUUAACUGUGCAGCAACUAUUGGAGCAUGAUAUUUCGAAAAUGGUGCAUAUUUGUCAGUGCAAAUCUAAUAAUAUUUUUAUCAGAUGCUUAUCUUCUAUUCCGAAUUUUUCAUAUUCAGGAUAUAUGGGAUACAUUUUUAGUAGGAAGUAAGUAAAGAACUCUAAAACUAUAUUGAUCAUUGGUCAAACUGUUUUUACAGAAUUUAUGGUCAUCAAUUGGUUGUGGUCAACUGAUGUGUCCAUAUUAAAAAUUUCAAAUCUGUUUAAAAAUAUUGAUAAAUUAAAGGUUUCUCAUACCCUGAAUGUUAAAAGCAUUUUGAAAUCAUAAGAUUUUUUUUCUCUUUCUUAAAAAAAAGCAAGCAAAAUAUUGCAUGCAGUUUUAUAAUACAAUGAAAAUAAACUUAAUUUACUAUAUUUAGAGGCUUUCAGUGUUUAGGCUAUUUAACAAAUAAUCAAGGCUUUCGAGCAAGUUAUCGUCUAAUUUACCUCGGUUCAGAGUUCAAAUGCGUCGGAAAUGAACCACGACGGCGUUAGCCCGAGUGGUUGGAUACUGAAGCAUCAGAACGAUGAAGCUUGGUAAAUUAGACGAUAAAUCACAAGAAGGCCUUGACUGUUUUCAUUCUGACAUGCUCAUUGACAUAUCUUAAUAAAUAUUAUACUGGACUUCAUUUACCCGAGGAGUAAUUAUCGGACGACAAGUGACAAUUUGACGUCAUAAUGCUCUCUUACCGGUCCGCGCAUCAACCGUUGUUUAUCUCAGAAUAUACAGAGCUUGAUUUCCUUCUUUGUUUAACUGGAAAUCAAAUAAGUCAUGUUAGAAUAAUGUAUUACAAAAUCAUGCGUUCCUUGUUAAAAGGAAGAUGUAACUAAUACGCCUUGGAAAAAUAUUGAACAGAACAUAAUAAUUUUUAAUAUGGUGAAAUUACUUUAAUAACCAAUAGUUUUUGACUUGAUAAUCAUGACAUAUUCCUUUCAAAGCUACUGUCAAACCUGUGCUAAAGACACUUAUGAAAACAGAGACAACCUGACCUUAAAAACUGCUAGUUUUGUUUCUUAUUCUAACAUUUACACUGUAUAUUAACUUGAGAAUAAAGACCUCUGCAAAUAAAGACCACUUUUUGUCU